AUGUCAUGGAAUCCGCAGAGGGCGUGUCUACGGACCCGAUUGGUCAACCCGGCCGCCGAUUACUUGCCAAAAGCAGCGUCCACUAGUUCUGUAAAUAAAGUGAUUCGGACAAAGGAUGGCGGUCGUCUACGUGUUGCGAACGUCUACACUUGGGGUGUGGAAUCUGACGACGAGAUUCUGGACGCUCGACUUCAAGUCAAUGGCGUACCCGAUUCAAGUCGUCUGCGAGCGAAGGGUUUAUCACCACAGGCAAUUCGUCGUAACGAAAUGCAAUUGCGAGAAUCGAGGGAUGAGUACAUCGAUGAACGGCAGGCCUAUGCUCUGGGUUCACAACCGCGUCGUCCCAGUGACGCCGCUGUGCCAACUACACGAAUGGCAGUUUGGGAGAAUCUCCGAUUGGGUCGCCGUAUGCCCCACAUCGGCAGCAGAUUGCUGCUCCAACGUCUCCAUAUUCCGCACUCCAACGGCCACGCGUUGCCGCCGCCACCGGUGCCGCAACAUCAAGAGAAAGUACUGUCGCCGGUAGGCACUCGACGCACUGAAACCAUAAUCGACUAUGAGAAAAAGAAGCAAGGACCACCAGUGGUAAGUUCGCAUUCCUCUUUAACACCACUUGCUUUUUAUCGUGAGGCAAACCACUUUAGUCUUUCGUAUAAGCUCAAAAGUCCAAAGUGCUCGUAA